UCUUACGGGUCCGUUUUAAUGUUAGAGAUAAUAUGCCGGACGGAAUAGGAUCAGGUUGUAACUACAAAAGGGUGGGGACAGAAACAGAGGAGCAAAAUAAAGGAGAGUUCUCUUUGUUUAUCUUAUGGCGGAUAAAACGAGAGCCCACUCUCAUUCCUUGAAGCUUGCUGCUUCUUUCUGAUCUCUCUCUCUUCUCUUCCUUUUGCUUCUUCUCUAUAACUGUAGCACGUAGCUCUAGUUUAUAAUGGCUUUGGCUAUGGCUUCUGCUGCUAAUUGUGUAGUAUACUUUAGCAGCAACGCUGACAACAUUCCCGUCUUUGAACUCAAAAACCAUUCUUGUCCUGCAGCCUUUGUCAUCAGGCCACCCAACAAUCUUGAGAAAAGAAGAUUGUCGUGUUCGACGACAGGAGUCAUUCCACGAGCAACACCAUCAGCCACAGCUUUGGAGAAUGAUGGAAGUUUCCACGACACUGAUAUUGUUCCAACCCCCAAAGUUAUAAUUGACCAAGAUUCUGAUCCAGAUGCCACUGUAGUGGAAAUAACCUUUGGUGAUCGCCUUGGAGCUCUUCUUGAUACGAUGAAUGCACUGAAAAAUCUUGGGUUGAAUGUUACUAAAGCAAAUGUCUAUCUGGAUUCUUCUGGGAAGCACAACAAGUUUGCCAUCACUAAGGCUAAUACUGGAAGGAAAGUUGAAGACCCAGAACUGCUUGAGGCAAUUCGCUUGACAAUUAUAAACAACUUACUAGAGUAUCAUCCAGAAUCAAGUUCCCAGUUAGCAAUGGGUGUAGCCUUUGGUGUUGAGCCACCAAAAGAAAAGGUUGAUGUGGACAUUGCAACCCACAUAACUGUAGAUGAUGAUGGUCCUGACCGUAGCUUGCUAUAUGUGGAGACAGCCGAUCGUCCAGGGUUGUUGGUGGAUCUUGUAAAAACUAUCACUGACAUCAACAUUGCAGUUGAGUCUGGGGAGUUUGACACUGAGGGUCUGUUGGCAAAGGCAAAGUUUCACGUCAGCUACAAUGGUAAAGCCAUCAUCAAGCCUCUGCAGCAGGUUCUUGCUAAUAGUUUACGAUAUUUCUUGAGGCGUCCAACUACUGAGGAGGCGAGUUUUUGAGCCACCAUCUAAGCCUAGCCAAGCCAAGUUUUGGAGCAUACAUCAAUGGGAUUUUAGAAUUAUCCCCCAAUUGACCAACGGGGUGGAUUUAAAAUGUUCCUCGCAAUAGUCUUGUAUGAUAGGAAUUAUAUAAUUCCCUGUCACUGCAAUGACAUUGUAUAACUAAUUAACUAUUUUAUUUAUGUGGCCGUGACUCGUGCAUAAUAAAUCAUAUAAAAUGUAACUUUAUUGCGGCGGACAUUUGAGUAGCCACUGUGGCGUGCUUCCUUGUAAAA